AUGUCUACUUCAAGAGAUAAGCUAGUGAAGGUCACCGGUGCACGCAGGUUGAACAUCUCUGCAAGUGCAGCUGGCCGAAUGAGCUUUUCUCUUCCCGGUGCUAUUCCGGAAGAUGAAUGGAGCCCACCAGCAGUUGUAAGACAGAGUACCAUCUUGUCUGAUUCAACUGGUGAGCACGUGACUGGCAGCAGUGCACGUGGUGUUCAACGGAGGUUGAACAUCUCUGCACCUGCAGCCAGGCGCGUGUGGGAGGAUGAGAAGUGGAGCCCAGAAGUUGUUAGACAGAACACCUUGUCUACAUCGGCUCAUGGGCUCAUGACUGGCAGCAGUGCACGUGGUGUUCAACGGAGGUCGAACAUCGCUGCACCUGCAGCCAGUUACACGAGAUUUACUCUUCCUGGGGCUAUAGAGGAGGAGGAGGAGGAGGAGGAGGAGUGCAGCCCAGAAGUUGGUAGACAAAACACCAUCUUGUCUACCUCAGCUCAUGGGCUGGUGACUGGCAGCGGUGCACGUGGUGUUCAACAGAGGUUCAACAUCUCUAGACCUGCAGCCAGUCACAUGAGGUUAGCCGUUCUUGAGGCGAUAGAAGAGGAGGAUGAGGAGUUGAGCCCAGAAGCUCAUGGACUCAUGGCUGGUAGCGGAGAACGAGACACUCUGUCUGUCUCUUCAUCUGCAGCUGAUCAAGAGUCUAUUGUGUCUUCUGAGGAUUCAGAACACAACACAACACACACAAUGGAUUUUAGCAGUCGAGGAGAAUCUGAUGAAGAUGGAGAUGAUGAAGAUUUCUCAGUAGCAGCACCUUAUCCUGUUGACCCUGCUAAUGACACACAAGUUGAACCAUUUGGAUCAAGACCAACUCCUAAUUGGUCUUUCACUUCUCGAUAUGAAGUGUUGCCAAACUGGUUGCUUGGAUCAGGGAGAACAGGAAGGAUUUUUGCUGCGAUUCGUUUAUCUGAUGGUGAACAGGUUGCGGUCAAAUGUGUAUCAAAAGAUAAAUAUAACAGCCGAAGAUCGCCUGGCUUACGCACACCCGUGCCACAAGAAAUCGCUAUGAUGUUGGAACUGCAACGACACCCUCCCCUGUGCUCUCGCAUGAUACGUAUGCACGAGUGGUUUGAAUUUCCAGAUGGAUACAUCGUCGUUUAUGAAAUGUUGCCACAUCCCUGGAUGAGGCUGGACAAAUUCUUCGAAAAAACGAUCGGAUCAGCGAGAGAAUGAUUAGAAACGUAUUUCGUCAGUUGGUGUUAGCCGCCAAAUAUUGUUGGGAGCACAGGGUGUACCGUUUAUUUUCUUAGCAAGAAAAUAUAAUGGUUAACAUCAAGACCAUGAAGUAAGCUUUGUGGCUUUGGUGGAGGGCGUUUGGUUCCUGUUAGUUCCUGUGAACCGCAACUGAUGGAUCCAGAGACUGACAGCAGACCGGCUAGGCAGCUGACCCCUCUCAUGGCAUUGAGAAGUGUUUUAAACUUCAUGGUUAACUACAACGAGACCCAUACUGAUGGAAAUCUCGCUGUAUCUGACGAAUGCUGUGAACUCUGCCAUCAUUUAGCGGUUUAUCGUUUCCAUGACACAUUUGACUGAAUCCUAAGACAUCCAUGGAUGGCACAAGAUGAAUGGUCCUACACAGGCUGGCCAGUCACAAGAAUUUCUUUGUGAAGAAAAACACUGAUGCUUAAACGCACCAGUCCCAGUGCCAUCCGAAAUCAAGCCUGAUGCUUUGGAUUCCAACCUGUUUAACAGAUAAUUCUGUCAUAAAUUGAAUUUUUGCACUUGAGUUUCAAUCCUUACUAUCUUUUAGUAUUUUAGUAUUUAGUAGUGUUUUUAGUUUCUUGUUUAUCUUUUGUUAAUAAAUUCCAACUUUUGUAAUUUUUACAACUGUGUCUUCCUUUGGUUGAUAAUACAGUUAAAGGUUCUACAAGUUAGCCAGAAUCUCACAAAACCCUUUGAGAUAAGGGACAUUGCACAGAAUCGGUGCCAUUUCUGUCCCAAUGACAUUAUAAUGCAAAACUAACUCUAAAAUACAUUUUAUUAUUAAUCAAGGUUUCCUGUAUGUUAAUCUAACACCACAUUUAAGCUGUCAUUUAAAACAUUAAUAAAAACUACUUGGAACACUGAAAAACAGCAUUUUAUAUCCGUCCCUGUUUUUAUCUCUGUACUUUACCUUUAAAUAUAAAGCAUACAAUUCUUCAGAUAUCUUUAUUUUUUUAUGUGGGUCCAUAUCCCAUAUUUGCUUUAAAUAUUUUUUACCAUUGGAAAAGUCAUAUUAUUUUAGAUAAAAUAUCCCCAGGAUUUCACUCAGUCCUGUUACCCAACACAUUUCCCCCCUCUGAAAAUCUAGGAUUAUUCUACAAGUCAGUUUUUUAAGAGGAAGUGACAUUGGUGUGAAUUCUGUGGAAUGGGUGAAUCCUUUAAAAUGUAUAAAUGUCCCAAAUGGCACACUCCAGAGUUCCUCAGAGUCCACACUUUGAUGACAUCAUGUAGUGCAGUCCUUAGGGACCACGAGGGCAGACAGGAGUCAUAUUUUGGGGUAAGACUCGAGCGCCUAAGUGUCAUGGUUCUGCCAUCUUAUCCUUUGGUUAAUCUAGUCUUGGGGCAGGAUCAUGACAGGCCAAUGUUUUGUGUGGGAUCACGUGUUCUUAGUAUGGGUUUUACUAGACCACGUGUUCCCGGUGUCUUGUCACUUUUACCCCGCUCCCUUGUCACCCUCAUUGUUUAAUCCAUGUCACCUGUUGUAUUCAUUAGUUCUCCCCUAUUUAAGGUCUUUGUGUUUGUUACUCUGUGCCUGUUCAUUGUUGUGCCAUGCCUCGUUUCAUCUGUGUGAGUACUUUGUCAGUUUAGUCUAGUUUAUCCAGUUUAUUCUGUUAUUUUAUUGUUCAGUGUUACCUAGUUUAGUGUCCCAUCAUAUUCUGUUAUCCUGUUUGUUAUUUUGCCCCCUCGUGGGUUGUUGAUUUUCUAUUUUUUUGUGUCUCAAUAAAUUCCCAUUUUUGUACAUCCGUGUCUUGCACUUGGGUUCUGUAUUACGUAUCGUGACACUGAGUUCUUUGAAUUCCUUAAUACUAAAAUCCUUUUGUUUCCUAUGUAGUUUUACUUGCAGAGAAAAUGUUGUCAAGUUUGUAUUUGUUAUGUGUCUUGUUUUUAUUGUUAUGUAAACUGGCAGCUUUGUGGAUCAUAUAUGUACAUAUUGAGCGUUCUGUUUUGUCUCUAAGGAAUUCU